UCUAAAUUUAUCAAAUAUUAUUCUAUUACAAUAUUUAUUAUUACAAAUAAUCUGUGUUUUAUUUCUAAAAGAAAGUGUGUUCGUAAAGAAUUGUUUUUUACUGUUUAUAGUUUAGGGCUUGAUGUUUCAAAAUCUGAUUUGCUGAUAAUGUAUGUAUUUAAAUAUACUUGCUUAUCACUACUGACGUAUACUGUAUACGAAUGUAAUGGAUAAAAAUAAUUACCUCCUAUUUACUAACCUAACUCUCAGUUCAAAGAGCAGUGAGUAAACUUCAUACUAAGACAUCAGGUGACAGUUUACAAUUAUUAUUUGAAGAGGAUUUUCCUUGUUGUAUAAUAAUGUAAAUAAAUUAAUUUGUUAAUUACUCUCACUUUGGUCAAUGGAAAACAUAUUAUAACAGUACUAUGAUAGCUGGCAAAUUAUGUUAUGUAGUGCAGUAAUGUACAAUAAACUAUUUACUUUAGCAGUUGCUGUUAUUAUUGUAUCAAUUUCAAUAGCGUAUUUAAUAAAAAUUAAAAGUCAUGUAACAGAUUCAAUGGCCGCUAAUGGAUUAUUGUUUGUAUCAAGUGCUGCCAAAACAUGUAAUUUUGGUUUAAAAUCAUCAAAAUUUGUAAAAAAUAUACUGUAUAUAAAAUAUUUAGAUGGAAAGGAGAAUGCUUUGUCUAUUAUAAAUAAACAGAUAGUAAAUAUUUAUUCUAAGGCUGCAGUACAAACUUCAAAUAUAGAUGUAAGAUUACUGCUCAAACCCAUAGAAGAUCAACAAAAAAUUAAAACGAAUCAUGCUAUUGACUUGAUAUUAUAUGAAAGAAGUUUAGAUAAAAAUCUAGAAGAUCUGAAAAAAUCUGUAUCCAAUUUAAAUAGAGGCUGUCAAACACAAAUGAUUGAUAGUGACAAUAAUGGUGAAUUCUUCGAUAGUCAGCCUGUGAAAAUGUAUGACUAUGUAGCAUUGGGUGGGACAUUUGAUAGGUUACACAAUGGACACAAAAUACUGCUAUCCCAAGCAGCCUUACGGGCAAAGAAGCAUGUAACAGUUGGAGUUACUGAUGUAAAUAUGAUUAAAUCUAAAGUAUUAUGGGAGCUAAUAGAACCCGUUGAGAAGAGAAUUAAAGCAGUCCAUGAUUUUCUGACUGACAUAAAUCCUGAUUUAGAAUACAAUGUCCUUCCUAUUCAGGACAUGUAUGGACCAACUAAAGAUGAUCCUAAUAUUCAAUUAAUAGUAGUAAGUGAAGAAACUGCAAGAGCAGUAGGGAAAAUAAAUCAAAAACGGAAAGAGAACAAUUUGCAACCAUUAGAUGAAUAUGUUAUAGCCAUUGCUCAAGAUGAUAAGCGUUCUUCGGAAGAGGAGGCUAAAUUGAGUUCGAGCAAUCAAAGAAUGAGACUUCUUGGAACUAUGUUGAGACCGCCGCAGCCAAAUCCAAAUAUUCCAAAAUCGCCAUAUGUGAUUGGUCUCACUGGAGGUAUUGCAAGUGGAAAAAGUAAUAUUACUGAAAAACUAAAGUUAAAAGGUGCUGCUGUAGUUAAUUGUGAUUUAAUCGCACACGAUUUAUACAAACCUGGAUUGCCAUUGAAUAGAACAUUAGCAGAGACAUUUGGGAGUGAUAUCAUCACUCCAAAUGGGGAGGUGGACAGAAAGAAACUGGGCCAGAUUGUAUUUAGUGAUAAGAGUCAAUUAGAAAGACUGAAUCAAACAGUAUGGCCAGCUAUUAUAGAGGAAGCACGGAAUAGGAUAAGAGUGCUCGGAGAACAGGGUUACAAGGUGGUGGUGAUGGAAGCUGCAGUUAUGGUUCGCGCCAAGUGGUACGAAUAUUGUCACCAAUUGUGGGCGGUAAUUGUACCACCAGAGGAGGCUAUAAAAAGACUACAAGUUAGAAACAACCAAACCGAAGAAGAAGCUAAGCAACGCGUGGAAGCGCAACCGACAAACUCGGAGCAGAUCGCAAUGGCCAAUAUUGUUUUUAGUCCGUACUGGAGUUAUGAGUACACACAACAACAGAUUGAUCGCGCCUGGGAGAAUUUACAGCCUUAUCUUAGCGAAUAACCGAUUGGGGAACUAUUUUAUACGUUUUUAACUAUUUGAAAAACUAUAUUGAAGGUUUUGGUGGGGAUAUAGUUUUAAUUGAAUAAAAUCACACCUUGCCUAAAGAGUUUUUUGUAAUUCGAUAAAUCUUUGGUCGAGGUGUGGUUGUGGUUGAUUUAAAUUAUUUAUUAUAGUGCAGUCAUGCAUGCUAUAUAUGUGUAAGAAAGAUAUACAUAUGUAUAUCGUUCCUCUGGAAUCACACCAUCUAUAUAAAAAGAUCCAAAUCAAAAUCCGUUGCGUUGUUUUAAAGGUCUAUGUACACAUAGGGACAGACAGCACGAAGCCACAGCAAUAAUGAAUAAACUAGAAAAUAGUCAAGUGUGUUUUUGAAAUUCUUGUUGAAAGAAACAAACAUUAAAGCAAAAUAAAACUUAUUAGUAUAAUUAUAACACUAAAGGAAUAAAUUUUUAUGAUCUAAGCUUUCUUGUCAAUAAUGAAGUCAUGCUUAAGCUAGGGCUCCAAGCCCUACCAGGCAACAGGUCGCCACAAACGCUGUAUCGCAUACAUAAAUACAGGAC